UGCAAAGGGUUAACACAUUCUAGUCUCAGCAGCAGGAAAUUUUCAAGUGAAAUUCCUCUGGAAUAUGAUACUGGGGAGAGGGCACCUCUUGAACACAUAUGUUCUUAGAAGGAUCUACAUUUUUUUAUGUUUGUGUUUUUUAUUAUUAUUACUAUUAUUCAGUGAAUGAGAAAGGUUGAAAGCUUAUGUAAUCUGUUCUUCAGUAUCCUAUUUUAAAUACAGAGGAUAACAAUAUGAUUGAGAAACCCACAGCACUGCCUCAGAAUAUGCAGCUUCUAAUCCUACCAUCUGCUCUGGUGGCUAUCUUUUUUCCAACAGAGUGUGAAAUAACAUCCAGUUGCAAGCAACAAGUCUGUAAAUUAACUGAGAUACAAUGUACAUGACAAAACAAAGUGCAAGUUUGACAACGAUGACACUAGCCUUCUAUUCAUCAUCUGUCCUACAGUGGUUGCAAGAUCACGCAUGCACUUGCUUAUGAGAGUUUUAAUAUUCUUUUUGCAUCCAUACAGCAUUGUAGGAACUAGAGAUCCCCAUAGAAAAGGAGUAUAUAGAAUAGAACAGUCUCUUCAAAUUCUGAGAACUCUUAUUUCAAUACAAUACUUGUUUGUUUCUUAAAUCAAAAAUGAAUUACCUGGCUAUUUUUUCCUGUCUCUAAAAGAUGCCUGCAGAAGGGAUAUUUCAGCUGUUCUUCUAGCUCAUUCAUUGUUACCCUUUUUUUUUUUUUUUAAAUAACAGCAUGGAUUUUUCUGUUUUCCUAAAAGGAUAUAACUCCAGCUAUAAUGAAGUGACUAUAUUAGACAAGCUGACAAGGUGUACACGUUUAAAGGAACAAUGUUUUCAACUAACUUGCCUUGCAUCUUUCUAGCCCUGAAAAUAACAAACAUCAAUUGGCAAUCCAAGCUAAAUAAAGCUGCACAUCACACAUCUGAUUACAGCAACACAGAAGUAAUCUUGAGGAGAGGACAGGCCUUCACCAUCAGCCUAUGCUUCCGAACAAUAGUACAGCCUUGGGACAACUUCACAUUUAUUGCAAGCACAGGACCAUCUCCAGCAGAGUCACAGCAGACCAAGGUCAUAUUUAACCUUUCUGAGGAAGGUGCCAGUGGCUGGAGUGCAACUCAAGAGCACAGUGAGCAUGGCUGCAUGAACUUCACAAUAGUCAGCCCUGCCAAUGCUGUCAUUGGACGGUACAAACUCAAACUCCAGAUUGAUUCUGGGAACAAGGUCUCAUCAGCGCUCCUGGGCCAGUUUGUGUUACUCUUCAAUCCCUGGUGUCCAAAUGAUGAUGUCUAUAUGGCUAAUGAAAAGGACCGACAGGAGUAUGUUCUGAAUGAUAGUGGAAUCAUAUUUCAUGGCCUGGAAAAAUAUAUUCAGCAAGAAGCUUGGAAUUAUGGACAGUUUGAAGAGGAUAUCCUUGAUAUCUCUCUGGCUAUACUAGAUCGAAGCUUGAACCACCGCAAAGAUCCAUCCACUGAUGUAUCCAACAGAAACAGUCCCAUCUAUGUGAGCAGGGUUAUUAGUGCCAUGGUUAACAGCAAUGAUGAAAAGGGAGUAGUGGAAGGGAAGUGGAAUGGAAAGUACUGUUCAGGAACCAACCCCUUGCACUGGAGUGGAAGCGUGACCAUUCUUCGAAAGUGGUACAGAGGGAGAUACAAACCCGUCCGGUACGGCCAAUGCUGGGUCUUUGCAGGAGUAAUGUGCACAGUUCUGAGAUCUUUGGGAAUACCUACCCGUGUUAUUACGAACUUUAACUCUGCCCAUGAUAGGAAUAUAAACCUGAGUAUUGAUAAAUACAUUGACGUUUCUGGAAAGACCCUGCACUUGACUGAAGACAGCGUGUGGAAUUUCCAUGUCUGGAAUGAAAGCUGGUUUAUUAGAAGAGAUCUUGGUUCUUUUUAUGAUGGAUGGCAGGUUUUGGAUGCAACACCCCAGGAAAGAAGCAAAGGCAUAUUUCAGUGUGGCCCUGCCUCCACCAAAGCCAUUAAGGAAGGGGAUGUGAACCUGGAUUAUGACAGUUCAUUUGUGUUUGCAGCAGUGAAUGCUGACUGUGUUACUUGGAUUCACUAUAGCAACAAAAGAAAAGAGAGAAUUUACUCCAAUACUAGGAAGAUUGGAAAAUUUAUCAGCACCAAAGCAGUGAGCACCAACUCCCGGGUGGAUGUCACUGAUAAUUACAAAUAUCCAGAAGCAGGAUCCUUGAAAGAAAGGCAGGUGUACAAAAAAGCACUGAAGCUGCUUGGUGUGAGCAGCACUGGAAGAAGAACCAAAGUUACAAGACGUAGAAGACGAUUUUCAGUAGCACAGAGACAAAAUAUGACAGUGCCCACAGGAAAACCUACUAUCUCAGGGAAGCUGAACCUGGAUGCAUCUCCUGUAAUUGGCCAGGAUAUCCUCCUUACCUUGUCACUGAGGAACUUGAUCACAGAUUUCAAGACCAUAAAGGUUAAACUGAGUGCUUCAGCUGUUCUCUACACAAGAAAACCAAAGGCAGAGAUUUUGCAGUGGUCUAGGUCUAUUCAACUUGGAUCUGAAGAAGUGAAAGAAAUUCCAUUCAAGAUCUCCUACUCCCAGUACAAAAAUGCUCUGAUGGAUGACAGGAAGAUCCUAGUGACUGCUCUGUGUGAAGUCAGACAGGGAGCCUCACUUCUAAUGGAGAAGGAUAUUUUACUUCAGGAUCCUUUUCUCACGAUCAAGGUCUUUGGUCCAACAGUGGUACACAAGGCUGCUAAUGUGCAGGUCACAUUUACCAACCCACUGUCUGAAAUGGUGACAGACUGUGUGCUGAGAGCAGAAGGUAGUGGCUUGCUCAAAGAACAGCUCCAAAUCAAUGUGGCACGAAUGGCCCCCAUGGAGUCCUCAACAACUGAGUUUGAGAUCAUUCCCUACAAGAGUGGCACAAGGCAGCUUCAGGUGGACUUGGUUUCCAACCAUUUUUCAGACGUUAAGGGAUUUGUGAUGCUUGAUGUGACUCCCGUCCAGUGAUACAACCUAUACAUCCAUUCAUUUUGUCUUAGUUACUGGUGCACUGUGUAAGUGUUAUUAUGACUAGAAACAUAGACAUGCAGAUUACUUGGCCAACGAGAUGUGAUAUGAAAAUAAAUCAAUUUUAAAAGCUACUAUACAGUAUUCUUUUCCAAAUUUUGCAAAGCUCGGAAACAAGUUUCAGACAAAGCCAAAACUGAUACCUAUACUGCUUUGUUGAUAGAAAUGGUGUAAAUACUUUCUAUCUGCACUUUUCUGACUUAAGCACAGAUAAAAGCUUUCAGGACUUAUAUGCAACUCUGGCCUGACUGCUGUGUUUCAUUGCAUUUUUAAUAGAAAUGACAGCAAGAAAAAGGUGCCAGUUUGGAAGAUUUAUUGCAGGAAAAACUGGCUGAGCUAUCAUCCUGGCCCAAAAUGAAGGACACCAAACUUUAUCCUCUUCAUAAAGGAACUGCAGCAAUUGUCUUGGAUUAUUUACAAAGGCUUUGCUAAGUCUAAACAUGAGUAAUUUCCUGAAAAGAAAAAAUAAAUGUCCGUAGAGAUACCACUUUAGAUGCUCUCUGGCUUUGUAGUCUCUUCUAGUUUAAAUCUAUUCUAGGACUAAUAGGCUGUAGUAGUGAUCAGAAGCUAUAAUCAGCACAGGAAAUCGGUCAAUGGAUUGGUCCUAAUUAUUUUGGAAUUAUGCACUUCGAUUAAAGUGCAGUGGAGGUCUGGGGGAAAUGAUGGGUGUUUUUACUUUGCUCCAGUUCAAAAACUUCUCACUGUACUAUCUGAAGAAUUGGACGAACUUGUCAGAGACCACUUGCGAAAAAGCAGCCUGUGAUGUGUAUUUUUGUUUUGUACUGGCACUACCUUCAAGAUUGUUACCUGCCUAGACCUGCUGCUCUAUGCUUUACCCAAACCUUUAUCUGUAUCUUACAAAACCAUUGUAUCCACCCUCCUGACUUAUGACCUGUUCCCUUUCACACUUGUAUCACCAAUCAGACGGGAAAAAAAUAAAAUAUAAAAAAAGACCGAUUUUUCUGUCUGCAAAGGGAGAUACUGUGUAAUACUUCCAGAAGUGCUCAGGAAGAAGAUGAUGGGUAAAAGAGGCUCAGGACAAUAUAAUCAGGAUAUAUGAAAAUUCACAAUAGUCAAAUAUCCUCCUUCCACAAAGCUUCUUAAAGUAGGUCAUCAUCCUCUGUGAGAAAGGCAUUGUGCCACACAUACCUAAAUCCCAGCAGUGUGUCAAUAUAUUCCUUGCAGAGUUAACAAACCAGAAUAGCAAAGAUGUGAAUUUUCCUAAGAGAUAAUUUGCCCCUUUCCUCCUGACAACACCUAGCACUGUCCAAGAAUGCAAUCUCAGCUUCCUCAGAAAUAAUGUUUCACAGACACAAACUAACUCUGACAGAUUAAACUGAGGUCUCAUUAAAAUUUGUUUGAUUCAAAGCCAAGAAAAUCUUCAAAACACGUCAACUUCUGUUUUAUUACAUCAAUUACAAUACUUUGCCACCCACACAUAUACUUACAAAGGCUCCUGAAGUGUGUUGAAACCAGUCAGCUUAGAGAGACUGACACACAAACACACGCACAGAGGAGUUUGGAUUUCUCCAGGCACAGAAGAGGGGAAUAGGUAGCUUUUGCACCUAUCAAUUAAGUCUUGCAGGAUCUUGGAAAGUCAGGGUAUACAAUUCUCCAUUCAUUUCAGAAAGGGCCUGGAGGUAGUGAUUACAUUCACAAAAUCUCAUUCAAUCUUGCAAUAAUGCAGACUGUCAUAACAUUCAACACACAGCUAGGCUAUUCAAAGUCCUUCAGUAUUUCUUCUUAAAUACAAGCCAGGAAAUUAUCUGAGACCGUGUUUUUCACAAGAGCUUGACAUGGCCUCAUCCUAAUUAACUGUUUGUAAAGGAAGCCUGCUGUUCAAAGGAAAAUCAGCACUAAAGCUUGUGCAAAGUUCCAAACUUUGCAACAUUUGGGGUUGCUGGGAUUUCAGGCGUCAGCAUUAACCGCCCACAGCAACUGCACCCAGUUCAGUUUCAGUGUUAAAAUGCAGAUUUAUCUGUCCAGUGAUGUACAACACACAUUCUUCCUGUGUUAGACAUAAGACAACCAUUCAAAUAAACUAAUAAUUAUUACAGAGAAAAAUGUUUAAGUGCCCAUGGGAGGAUUUAAAGACCUUUUGCCAAACCUACAAUCUUUACACAGCCCGUAGUCAGAAGUCAAUAGGUGCUAGUGGAGUAAAAUAUGGCUAAUUAUCAGUAUUUUUCCUUAUAAAUAUGCUCUUUUAAUCUGAACAUACACAAGAGGCUGGCCCAGCCCUCAUUCCACCGUGAUGACUCAAAAAAAAAAAAGUAAACACUUGCUGAAAUCACACAUUCAUAUUUUGAAUUGGUUUUGAAUGGUCUCCAGGACAGUAAAUGUUUCUCCCCUAAAUUGUUCUCUUGAUAAGUUUCUCGGGCCUUGAUUCAAGCAGUUAGUUAAAUGACUACCCUUUUACAGAUUGUUUUUUAAACCUGAAAUAGCCAAAGUUGGUAGUUUCAAAUCACUUGACUCUUUGGCUCUCACCAAAGCUGCAUUGCUAGAAAGGCUGAGAGAGCCGGGAUGUUCAGCCUGAAGAAGAGAAGGCUCCAGGGAUACCUCAUUUCGAACUUUAAGUACUGAAAGGGGGCUUAUAAAAAAGAUGAAGGACUCUUUACUCAGGUAGAUAAUGAUAGGACAAGGGGGAAUGGUCUUAAACUAAAAGAGGAUAGAUUUAAAUUAGACAUUAGGAGGAAACUCUUCACUGUAUGGUUAGUGGGGCACUGCGACAGGUUGCCAAGAGAAUUUGUGGAUGCCCCUGGAUCCCUGGAGGUGUUCAAGGCCAGGCUGGAUGGGGCCUUGGCCAACCUGAUCUAGUGGGUGGCAUCGCUGUCUG